GGGGCCGCGGGGUGUGAAAGAGCCGCCCUGCGCCGGACGGGCAGCCGCCGCCGUCAGAACCGCCGCCCGGGCCGCUCUCAGCUGCUGGGCCGCUGGGUGCCGCCGCGGACACCCGGAGCGAGCGCCGGGGAGGGAGCCGCGCGCCUUUGUGCGCACGCCGAGACAGCCCACUGGAGGAUUCUGACCCCAGGGACAAGUAUCUCAUCCCGAGAAACAUCAUGGCCGAGCCAGACUAUAUAGACGAUGACAAUCCUGAACUCAUUAGGCCUCAGAAACUAGUCAAUCCUGUUAAGACGUCCCGGAACCAUCAAGACCUUCACAGAGAACUUCUUAUGAAUCAGAAAAGGGGUCUUGCCCCUCAGAAUAAACCAGAACUGCAGAAAGUGAUGGAAAAGAGAAAACGAGAUCAAGUAAUAAAGCAGAAGGAAGAAGAAGCACAAAAGAAGAAAUCUGACUUGGAAAUAGAACUAUUAAAACGGCAGCAGAAGUUGGAGCAGCUUGAACUUGAGAAACAGAAAUUGCAAGAAGAGCAAGAAAAUGCCCCAGAGUUUGUGAAAGUUAAAGGCAAUCUCAGAAGAACAGGCCAGGAAGUGGCGCAAACCCAGGAGUCGUAGGUCCAGGCUGCAGAGACCACGCACCCAGCCCAGCACACAGAAGGCCUGUGCCGGGGCCUCCCCAGCGCCUAAGCUCAGGGCCAAAGCCCCUGGAGUGAAUCCCAGCCAGCAGAGAUCUGUUACUUUCAAAAGGGUUUGAUUUUGGUUUUUCUCCCAUCCGGGUGGGUGAGUCAUCUGUGACUGUUGCAAUUCCUAUUCGCCAAACAAAGGAUGUUGACCAGCACUUAAGGUGGGAUAGUGGACCUGUGUUCAAAGACUUUUAAAAGACAACAAGAAACAAGGGAAGAGGACACUGGAAUAAAUUCUUGAGAGUUGCACUACUUGGUUUUUCUUUCAAUCCAAGUUUAGUGGGGCACAGAGCCUUUUCUCUUUCAAAACCUAAAGGAGACACCUUUCGUUCUUCCUUUCUUAUCUAUCCAGUAAUUUAGAUUGCACAGAAAUGCAUUGAAUCUGUUACAUCCACCGUUUGUAAAUUCCGUUUUCUUGUCUCAUUUACACUUUCACCCAGUUUAGGCUUCACACUGGAGAAUGUUAAUAUUCAUGUUGAGCACAGCUCUUACCUUUGUUGACAUUAACAUUUAGAAAUAGGAUGAGGAGGUGUAAAAAUACAGAAACAAAAUUUAGAAACAAAACUCUGUAAAUGUCCAUCUUGAUCUUAUUUUCAUUCCUGCUGGGUUUCUGAGGCUUCACGGUGACCUUCUACUUCAGGGAAGGUAUGUCCUACAAAUCCGGGUAUUGCUUUGAUAACUGUUAGGGCUUUUGUUUCAUUUUUGUUUUUAAUUUCUUGCUCAUUUAGUCCUUUCAUGUGAAAUAAUCUCCCAGCCCUUCGAGAAAUAAAAACUAGUCCGAAUAGCCCAACUUCAUUGUCAAAGGAGUGUGUUCAAGUCUUUUGGUUUCUUCUGAGAACAGUAUGGGGAAAGCUCCCACCAGAAGCUUGGGAAGGAAGAGUUCUUUGGGCUUUUUGAUGUGAAACGAAUAUGAACUGGUCUCUGGAAGAAUUAUAGCAUUUAUGCAUUUUGAAUAUUAUUUGAAUCCAAGCUUUGCAAUUCUCUAAUGAUCACCAGCUCUUUGCCCUUUUUCCUUGUGAAGGAAGACUGUCUCAUCCCUACUUCUGUGAUGGUGAUACUGUUGGUAAGGAUGAUGUUAUGACCACUGUUGAUCUCUCAGGAACAGCUGAGGAGAUGGGGCACACUCAGUCUGUGCUCUCCAACUGGCAUACUAUCCUUCACAUGAACCCCGAGUUACCAACUUGACAGCAGAUUCUUAAUGGAAAAUCCAUUCUCUGUCGUCAGUAUGGGCAGGGGAAGCAUUUCUACUUGGGGUGGUUUAGAAGAAUCUGUGUGGAUCCAGUAUGUUCUCUGUAGAAAUUAUUCAUCCAGUAAGUUCGACAUUGAAGGCUCUUCUUAUAAUUCAAGAAUCAAAGAAAGCUGGAUCCUAAGCUUUUGAAUCCUUAAUCAUCCUAGUAGAAAUUAGCUUUCUCUGGGAAUUCUGCAGUUUUCAUGGUUGGCCAUUAGGCUUCUAUUCAUCCCUAAUGUGAACAAGACAAAAGUAAAUGCAUAGAUAAUAUACUGCUAGUCAGAGAACAUGUGGACUACACCUGAAACAUUUAUUUCUUUCAUCAGCAAGUAUUAUAUGAAUAAAAUACGAGGUGCUUAGGAUAAAAUGUUGCUGUAUAGUAAUUUGCUUUGGAAGGAUGGAAGGAUAACUAUUUUUUCCCAUCCUUCUUUUUGCAAGAAGAAAGUGCGUUAACUAAGCAUCUUGAAAGUACAUUUCUGAUUGCACAUUGACUAGAGUUCUUUCUCUGUGUAUACGAAAUAGUGAUGCGAUUUAUAAAAUGAAGAUUCAAAACUAGCUCAUAGCCUUUAAUCCAGCUGGAUAUGCAAGAUCUUUAGAUCCUGUAUCCUUGAAGCAAUUCUGCCACUUGAUAAAAUUUUCAAGGGCCCAGACAGGCUUCUUCAGAAGGACCAAUUCUGUUCCUACAACUUACCUAGAAUUCAUGCUUCACUGGGAAAAGCUAAAUUCCAAAAGCAUUUCCCUCUCAAUCUCACUCACAACUCUGCAAAAGUAGUAGUGGUUGGUAGGCCGAGGUCUGGCUGAAAGAAGACUUGUAAAUAGUGUCAAGUUAUGUUUCCUCGCUAAACAGUGGAAUGUACAGAUAGAAAAGCUCUUUGAAGUUGCCAGGUCAGCCCGGCUCAUAAGCUUGAGUUUAAAAAGGCAUCAUUCUCUCCCUCCCUGCUGCCCCACACUUCAAUACUCUACAGUCCAAACCUCUAGGACUCUAGGACAUCUGAGCAGUUUUGGGCUUUGAGCCACUUUUUGACAAAAAUGGCUCCAUUUUUCCACUCUAUGGUUUUCUUAAAAUAGCUCAGUGUUUUCUAAUCUCCAAGUAGGAAGGUAGUGUUGCUUUCUAAGCUACCACAGUUGACUUUAUUCUUCUACUCUGAAAAAUGUUCACUUGUUUGAGUGUAUAUAAUAUAUAUAAAGGGAGCCUUAAUGGAUUUGUUUUCAUAAUUUAAUAUUUUUUGUAUUUGCUCUUGUAUAAUUGUUUUUAAUGGAAAGUAUUACAGAAUUAAGGGUGGAAUUCUUAGAACCAAAGUUAUUCUUAAUAAAAAUCACCACAUGCUUGGACCAUA